AUGGGUCCUUACAAAGCAUUAGUGGCACGCGGUCCAGCCCGUGAAGGUCAAUGGAGGCUCGAGUCGGUUACCGCCCGUGCGCUUCGAGAAGACGAACUCCUCAUUCGCAUAGUGGCCACGGGCAUAUGCCUCGCCGACCUUCAUCUUGGUGAUGUCGCGCAAGGAGCUGGUGGCCAUCCCAGAAUAUACUACCCGAGAGUACUCGGUCACGAAGGUAAGAAGCACAACCCCAAUCAAGCUACUCUUUGGCAUCAUGGUCAUGCUAAGGCUCUAUAUCGCGACAAUGGCAAGCUGAUUUUGGCAAUUCUCCUCCCAGGGUCUGGCUAUGUGGAUGAGAUUGGCAGUGCCGUGAAAGGGUUCCAAGUGGGAGAUGCAGUUCUCCUGUCCUUCAAUUCAUGCGGCCAAUGUUAUAGCUGUCAGGAGGACAAGCCUGCACUUUGCAUCCACAGUGACAAGUUGAACUUCGGUGGAGAUGAAGGGGUCUAUGCCACUGAAGGUAGUACCGAUUUCAAGAUUGGAGGCUCUUUCUUCGGCCAGUCGAGUUUUGCUAGUCACGCCGUGGUCAAAGAGAGGUCCGUCGUGAACCUGCAGGGUCUGAUCGACAGUGACGAAGACUUGAAAAUGCUUGCGCCGCUUGGGUGUGGCGUACAAACGGGAACCGGCGCGAUCAUCAACACGGCCAACGUGCAAGCAGGUCAAGACGUGGCCGUUCUCGGUGUUGGUGGCGUGGGUCAGAGUGCAAUCAUGGCCGCGAGAAUACGCGGAUGCCAACGAAUCAUCGCUAUUGAUCGCGUGCCAGCUCGCCUGCGACUGGCCCAAUCUCUGGGCGCGACCCAUGUGAUUGAUAGUUCCAAGGAAGAUGAUCUGGUGGCCGCAGUGCUAGGUAUAACAAAGGGUGCAGGCGUGCAUGUGUCUUUGGAUACCACAGGGGUGUCUGCAUUGGCGAGAGAGUCGUAUCGAUGCGUACGCCGUGGUGGCAAAAUCUUACAAGUCGGCCUUGCAAAGCAAGAAGACAAAUGGGACAUAUCCAUGCCAGUCCACAUGAAUUCAGGCAAACAAAUUAUCGGCUGUGUUCAGGGCGACGCAGUCCCACAAGAGUACAUCGCGAAGAUGAUAGCAUGGUUCAAGGCUGGCGAACUGCCCCUUCAGCAUUUGGUCACCUUCUACGAAGUCUCGAAUUUCCAGCAAGCUAUCGAGGAUAUGCGAAAUGGAAGGACGACGAAGCCUGUCCUGGUUUGGCCAGAGGUAGUGGGUAGAGAUUAG